AUGGCCGAACAGCUGCUUGACCAGGUUCGCGAGGUCGCUGAGGGCCAGAUUGACUUUGAAGGCCAGAAACUCGCCGAGCUACUUGCGACCGUCCUUCUGAGCGCUGUAGGGGCAAUCUCCUUCCUCGUCGGCUACGCGCUCCAAGACAUCAAGCUGGCAGUCUACAUCGGUCUCGGAGGAACUCUACUCACAUUUCUCCUUGUAAUCCCGCCCUGGCCCUUCUUCAACCGCCACCCCGUCAAGUGGCUACCCGUUGGUGGAGGCCCGAGCAUGGCGGUACCUCAGAACAUCGUCAUAAACGAGAAGGCUUUACGAUAG